UUGGGGUGGACUCUGCCCCAGCGGGGGGAGCUGGCAGAAGAGGGGCUCAGCUUGCAAUGACCAAGGGAGCUUGGGGGUGCGAUGCCUGGGGGACUUUGGAGGAGAGAUGGAGCCUCCUCAUUAUGUGGAAGAGCUGGAGGAUGAUGUGUUCCACCCGGAGGAGGCAGAGCCUGGUGCUCAGCCAGGGGGCCUGACCUCGGCUGCUCUGUUUGCCCAGAGCCAGCCCGAUUGUAUGCUGGAUGGGCUGCAGCUUUUCCCUCUCACCCACUGCUGUGGCCCAGGGCUUCGUUCAGUUGGCCAGGAAGACAAGGCCACUCAGACCCUCAGUCCGGCAUCCCCAAGCCAGGGUGUCAUGCUACCUUGUGGAGUGACCGAAGAACCCCACCGACUAUUUUAUGGCAAUGCUGGAUACCGACUUCCCCUCCCAGCCAAUUUUCCUUCGAGCCUGAGGCUUGGAGAGGAGCCCCCUGAAGAGCAGUGGGAGCAGCGAGCCGAGGUGCAGAUUGCACGAAAGCUUCAGUGCAUCGCGGACCAGUUCCACAGACUCCACAUGCAGCGGCACCAGCAGAACCGAAACCACGUGUGGUGGCAGAUCCUCCUCUUCCUUCAUAAUCUGGCCUUGAACAGAGAGGAGAACAGAAAUGGGGCAGGUCCUAGGUGAGACGUUGCUGCCCCUCUCUGUGUGUGGACCACAGGGAGACCCCUUCCACCUCCACUCCUGGAGCAGGACAUUGGGGAGAACUCCAGGAAAACUGGCACUGUGUCUUGUGAAGCUUUUGUUAUUAUUAUUAUUAUUGUUAUUAUUAUUAUUUUGAUUUUUUUGUUUGUUUCUGGGGUUUUGUUUGUUUGUUUUACUAUCUUUAUGUACAUAAGACCAAUUCAACAAGGGACAUUUUGCUCUGCUCCCAGCCCCCUACCAGGCUGGGGAGACUUGGUCAAACACUGUUGAAGAAAGGGCUGAUGUGUCUGUGCUGAUGAGACCUUCUGCUGGCUCCUGGCAAAUGGACCCAUGAAGAAGCAGGUGUUUGAGAUGCCAGCCAACUAGUCCUUUCUGGGAAGGAAGCCUCUUCUUAAGGACAGUGCUAACUAACCAAUGAAGUUCGAGUUGGCUUUGGCUCCUCCCACUUCACAGAGCCAGUCUCUUCUCUGUGGCUGAUGUUUGGCAUAGAUUCUAAUGCCCAAGCUCAGAGAUUGGGUUUGUGUGGGGAAAACCAAACCAGAUGUGCUGACAUCAGUCCUGUGUUGGUCACCUUGCCCGGCUUCUCCCAUAAUCCUCUUUCCAGCAACUCCUUACUCCAGAUUAUGGCUGUGAAUUCUUCCCCCUCAGAGCAAAGAAAACAUAGGUUUGCUGAGCCUAAUACAGAACAGUGCUGUGUGGCAGCACUGUUCUGACCACUGUCAUUUGAACAUAAUGGAAAUUUACUCAGUAUGGGCUUCCAUCUCGGAUGUGUGGCCAUCAGGGACUAAAGGAGUGGCAAGUUCAGCAGUCAUUUAAUUGGUUACAAAUCCAGGUUCAAGCCUGACCUGUGGCAGCCCCAGAGGAUGUAAUUCCAUGGACAGCUACCUCAGGAUCUCUAGCGUUGCUCCCAAA